AAUACAUCAGGAAGCUAUAAUUUAAUAUAUUUAAUAAAUAAAAUAACAAUUCAAUUAUAAUCUUCAAAUAUAAUUGAAGUAAAAUUAUGACAGAUCAAAAUAUUAAAGAACUCGGACCAUCGGAUUUAGGUACACUUGAUUAUUGGGAAAGGAUUUACUCGGAAGAACUUAAUAAUUUUAGGGAAUACGGAGAUAUAGGCGAAAUAUGGUUUGGUAAAAGCAAUACACUAAAAGUCAUACGUUGGAUUAACACGCAAUUAAAACUUAAUAAAAAUGAUAAAAUAAUUGACAUAGGAUGUGGAAAUGGAAUGACAUUGAUUGAACUUGCAAAACAAGGUUUUGAAAAAUUAAUGGGUAUAGAUUAUUCGCAAAAAGCAGUUGAUUUAGCUCGUGAAGUAUCGAAAGAAAAUAAUAUGUCACACAUUGAGUUAAAAGUUUGCGAUAUUCUCAAUUCUCAAGAUUUGAAUUUACCGACAGACUUUAAAUUAAUACACGAUAAAGGAACUUAUGAUGCCAUCAGUUUAAAUCCGGAAGAUCCAGCGUCGAAACGACAAAAAUAUAUAGAAAAUGUAUGCAAAAUUCUAUUGCCCUCUGGUUACUUAGUUUUAACUUCAUGUAAUUGGACUAAAGAAGAAAUACAAAAACAUUUUCAAGAUUAUUUUGAUAUCUUACAUGUGCUUCCCGCAGAUACAUUUAUUUUUGGUGGACAGAGUGGAAACACUGUAACGCAAUUAGUUCUACAAAAGAAAUAAUAAAAGAUUCGAUUAACAAAAUA